AUGGAGAAGAGUAGCAGCGCUGCCUCUGCGCAGAAGGCUGGUGGGGUUGCUCAGGUGAAGACGCUGUUCCUGGGGGAUGAAGCGAAGAGCAAGGAGGAACGAAGAUUGGUCCAGAAACUGGACUGGGUCAUCUUGACGUACUGCUGCCUGAGCUCCUUCUUCAACUAUCUCGACCGGUCCGCGUUCGCCAAUGCCUACGUCGCUGGCCUCCGGGAAGACCUGGACCUGCAUGGAGCUGACUACAAUAUCGUGCUCUCCAUGUUCACAGCCGGCUCAGUCAUUGGUCAGAUCCCUCAUGGGAUCAUCAUCCAGAAGUUCCCUCCGCGGAUAUGGCUCCCCUCGAUGGUCGUGGUCUGGUCAGCCUUGACCAUGUCCUGCGCCGCCUGCAAGACCUACGAGCAGCUCUGCGUGGUCCGGUUCUUCCAGGGCUUCGCCGAGGCAAGCACGUACUGCGGCACAAUCUAUAUCAUCGGUUCGUGGUAUAAGCCGCGCGAGAUCGCAAAGCGCACAGCCAUCUUCACUGCUUCGGGGCAAGCGGGGACCAUGUUCGCGGGAAUCAUGAUGACAGCGAUAUACACAGGAAUGGAUGACCACAGCGGACUCAAAGGGUGGCAGUGGCUAUUCCUUAUCAACGGCAUAAUCACCAUCCCGAUCGCCGUCGUGGGCUUCUUCUUCUUCCCGGACACGCCCGAGACGACGCAGGCCCGGUGGCUCAGCGCCGAGGAGCGCGAGUUGGCGCUGCAGCGGCUACCGCUCAAGAGCAAGGACGGGCACAACAUCGACCCGUUGUCGUUGGCCAAGCGCGUCUUCACCAGCCCAGCGCUUUACAUUCUGUGCUUGUGGGCUGUCAUCACGGGCGCGCUCGAGGCCUACGUCGUGCAGAGCCUGUUCCUGCUGUGGAUGAAGUUCCACUCGGACGUCUUCACCCAGGCCCAGAUCAACACAUAUCCUCUCGGGGUGCAGGCCGUGGGCAUCGUGUCGAACUUUUUGGCCGCAGUGCACGUCGACGCCACAGGGAAGAGGGUGCCCAUGGGGGCCCUGGCCUGCUUGCUACAGCUGGUUUCGGCCGUGAUGCUCAUGGUCCCGACGUUGCCGUUCGCCGGCACCUUCUUCGCGUAUUACCUCUCCGGCACGAGCUACAUGGUCAAUCCGGUGUCUUAUGGCUGGGCAAGCAUCAUCACUCAGCGCGGCGGGGAUGAUGCUGUGCGGUCUGUUAUCUUGUACGCUAUGAACGCGUGCUCCACCUGUUUGUAUACAUUCUGGGGUAUUGCUCUAUACCCUGCCUCGGACGCACCAUAUUGGAAAAAGGGAAAUAUUGCCAUGAUAAUUGUGGUCUUCGUCAUGCUGGGUGGGCUUGUUGCAGUCGAUUGGCUGGACAAGCACACAUUACGCAAGUACCCGUACGGUGACACGGCUGUGCGCGAUAUUGUGGGAGUUGGCGACAGCGACGUGGCGGUUAUUGCUUCACAUCAGGGUAUUGAAAGUGAAGAGGACGGAGACAAAAGGAAAGAAUGCUGCUAA